AGCAAGAUGCGGAACAACGUGCUGAACAGCAAACACACCAACAACAACACGAUGGAAUCGUUCUACGAGGACAAUAACGCCCAGUUUGUACCGUCCACUACGAACGGUGUGACGACGGGCAAUGGGAAUGGGUUGAAGAGGCCCGCCACGCUGGAGCUUAAUCUAGCCCCCGGCAAGGCACGGAAAACGCGCUACAAUGCAUCGGUUACCAUGCCCUCGGUACUCCCUUCACCGGACAUGCAGAUGCUGAAGCUGGUGUCGCCUGAGCUGGAGAAAAUCAUCAGCACGAACGCGACGCUACCGACACCGACACCGAGCGCUAUCAUCUUCCCACCGUCGGCCACGUCCGAGCAGCAACAGUUUGCGAAAGGGUUCGAGGAUGCGCUGCUUUCCAUCCACAAGAAGGACACUACCAGCAAGCUCAACCCGAACAACAAUAACAACAGCAGUACGAGCAAUAACAAUAACGGUCCCAGUGCGAACAUUGGUGGUCCGGCACCAGCGGCGGAACGGCUAUGUCCACCGGCAACGGUCGCACCGACGACGGUGGUACCGGUAGUGGGUACGACCGCAAACAAUCUAACCAGUACGGUUCUAGCUUCCGGCCACAAUAAUGGUAUGAGCGGUGGAGAAAUUACCUAUACAAAUUUGGAUUACCCGGGAGUUGUGAAGGAGGAACCACAAGCCGCCUCGAGCAAUCAAUCGCCCCCGGUCAGUCCGAUCGAUAUGGAAUCGCAAGAACGUAUCAAGCUGGAACGGAAGCGAUUGCGAAACCGGGUGGCCGCCUCCAAGUGUCGCCGGCGGAAGCUGGAACGCAUCUCGAAGCUUGAGGACCGGGUAAAGGAACUGAAGGCUCAAAAUUCCGAGCUGAGCGGUGUGGUGUGCAAUCUGAAGCAGCACAUAUUCCAGCUGAAGCAGCAAGUGAUCGAGCAUCAUAAUAAUGGCUGUACGAUCACGCUGGUGGGCAAGUUCUGAGAUGUAAUGCGAGCCCAAAA